AGUGGAGGGCAGCAGGAAGCCAGGCAGAAACCUGAAGUGCUAAGGCAGAGAGAGGAGAGACAGAAGAGAUAAGAGGCUGAAGAGGGUUAACAUCAGCCUCCAAGUUAGCUUCCAAUUCUUGGUGAAACUCCCAGAGGGAGACUGAUAAGUCAUGAAGUUACUUGCCAUCCUUUUCCUUUGUUCCAGGCUGUUAACAAGUUUUGCCCAAGAGGACCAACCGCAAGAAGUUGACUGCAACGAUGAGGAUGUAUUUAAGGCUGUGGAUACAGCUCUGAAGAAAUACAAUAAUGCAAGCAACAGUGGCAACCAGUUUGUAUUGUACCGCAUAAAAGAAGUCAUCAACACGGUGAACCAUGACAUAUUUUAUUCUGUCAAAUACGAAAUGAAGGAGGGCGACUGUCCUGUACAAAGUGGCAAAACCUGGCAGGACUGUGACUACAAAGAAGCUGAGCAAGCUGCCACAGGAGAAUGCAUGGCGGCCAUAGGGAAGACAUGGAAUAUGGAAUUCUCCGUGGCUACCCAAACCUGCCACAUUACUCCAGCCGAGGGCCCUGUGGUGACCUCCCAGUAUGACUGCUAUGGCUGCCUGCACACCAUAAGGACUGUCCCCCCGGACUUCGACCCUGUUCUGAGACAUGCCAUUCAGCAUUUUAACAACCACACUAAUCAUUCCCACCUCUUUGAUCUUAAAGAAGUAGAAAGGGCACAGAGACAGGUGGUGUCUGGAUGGAACUAUGAAGUUACUUACUUAAUUCAGCAGACUAAUUGUUCCAAGGAGAAUUUUAAAUUCUUAACCCAAGACUGCAAGGCCCUUCGCAGUGGUGAUACCGUUGAAUGUACAGAUCUUGCAUACGUGGAUCCUCAGCUAAGAAUUGCUUCCUUCUCACAGAAGUGUCAGAUUUUACCAGGGGAGGAUUUUGUACCACCAUCUCGCAGAAAUUGCCGUGGCUGCCCCGAAGAGAUACCUAUUGACCACAAAGCCUGCCCUAAUCUGAAGGAUGCUCUGACUCAUUCCAUUACAAACCUUAAUGCAGAGAAUAAUUCAACUUUCUAUUUCAAGAUUGACAUUGUGCACAGAGCAACAUCACAGGUGGUGGCUGGAUCAAAAUAUUUUAUUGACUUUACGGCCAGGGAAACCACAUGUUCCAAGGAAAGUAAUAAAGAGUUGACUGAAAGUUGUGAGAUCAAUAAACUUGGAGAAAUUCUAAGAUGCACUGCUGAUGUUUAUGUGGUACCUUGGGAGAAUAAAAUUGACUCUACUGUCAAAUGUCAAUCACUAGGAAAGCAUAUUAACAGAAUUUUACUAUACUUACAGAAGCAACUAAGGCCCUGCGUGUACAAGGGCCGACCUCGGGAGGCAGGGGCACAGCCAACAUCUGAGAGUGUGGCCUCUUGACCAGUGGGCAGAAUCUCCACGCCUGGCACAAUAACCCCAGCAACCUGUCAGCAGCCCUGAAUGGAAGGACAAGAAGAUGGGAUAGAAUGUCAAUAGAGAAGAAUGCCAUUUUAUCAUUCUGUUUCUGGGUGAAAUAAAGUUUGAUCUUAAUGUUCUCA